AUGGCUGUGGCGUCUGUGAGGACGAGGGCCUGGGAGACGCAAUGCGGUGCAGCCGGAUCCUGCUUCGGCCCCAGACCACCGGCUCAGGCUGACUUAGGCGGCUUAGUGUCCGGGUUUCCCCGGGGACCCCCUAACCAGGACAGCUCUAAGCCAGAACCUAAGAGGGCCAGAAGCUGGGAUCCAAGUCUACUUGUCCCACCCCCUCCACUGGAACUCCCUGGCCCCCAGCUCUGCACAGCUCCUGCCCUGCAGCCCUCGCCUGGCUGUGCUCCGGGAAGGCCUCGUGGGCACUUCACCCUGCUCUGCAGCCACACUCACACCCUGGAUCCAGGUCACACUAGUCAAGGGCGGGCAGGAAAAGGAACUCCACAGAUGUCCCUCAGCCGUAUUCCCUCCACCUGCAGAGGCAAAGACCCCACUGGCUCGGACUUCACCAACCUGGAGCAGGGGAGAGAAGCUAAGUUCUGACCUUUGAUCAGAAGAUGGGGAAGCCACACUCAACACGUCACUGCCUUGGGAGGUGGAUUUGGGGAUGGUGGGUCCUGGGGAAAAACGGGCUUUUGGUGUGGAAAUGACAUCUUUCCUGUUUCCGACCUCUGCCUGCCUCAUGCCAGGUGAGACACCUUCAUGCCUGUUUCCAUGAUUGAGAACAUGGGAGUACGCUUCUUUCCACCU